AUGGCAUCGAGAAGACCAACAGAAGAAGACAGCAAGGUUGACCAAGGCUCUGUUGGCCAGGAGCCGUCCGCUUCCAACACAACUGAACGCAUCCAGAUCUGGUCUCCCAGCAUCCGGCACUGGCGCUUCGACACCGCGGUCAUAGCCCCUGGUUCAGCAUGUAACAUCAUCACCUUCCCAAAGUUGACAGCCCUCCUGGGUCCUCACGUAGAGUACUCGAAAGCCGGAGAUAACAAUCCGCAUCAGCAUCCAGGUUUCCGUGGCAUGAUAUCCCUGCGAAUUGAACAUACAGGGUAUGAAUGGGGCAGCAACCACGAAUUCUGCAUCUUGCAGGACAACGCCCCACCCAUCGUCAUGAGAAAGUCGUCGAAGCCGGACAAUAGGGAACCAUUGGUUCUCCCCAUGGGCAAUUGGGCUGCCAGUUCCAAAGCAGACAAAAAGCGUCGGCAAGAGAACCGCGAAAAGGCUAAGAAGAGGGAAGGACAGAAAAGCAAAGACAAAGACAAAAAAGAAGAGUAUGACAAGGAUGAAGAAGGGAGAGAACAGUUGGAUAAAGCAGCUCAAAAGACUUGA